CAUUUUUUCUUCCCAGAGAGGGAGGAAUUCGAGCUCGCUCUCUUUUUAAUUUGGGGAGUGGUGGCUGCCCUCCGCCCUCCCGUCUGCUCAUCGUAUUUGCUCAGAUAUUGAUGGCCGAUGUUUCUUUUUUUAAGGGGACCAUCCAGUGUUUUCUCCCCCACCCAUUCUAGAGUCCCCCCCCCACUCCAUCUUGGGCUCAUAUCGGUGGCUUUUAAGGGGAACAAAACCUGUUCCCAUAUAUAUUAUUGUACUUCUUGGGGCUUCUGUGCUUUUUCUCAUCUUGUGCUCAAGUAUCCGUGCCCCUUUAUAUGUUAAACUCCUUGACACAUUAGUUUUUCUUUCUCUCCACCCCACUGGAUUUUUCUACUGAUAUAUAUGUGUGUGUGCUCUUAGUUCUUUUUUAUGUCCUAAUUGUUUACGAUUUUAAUUAAUCUCCUCUCCCCUUGCAUAUCCCUCUCCCCACUCGCAUUUUCAGCUGCUGCAUUCUUUGGCUCCCCUCAGUUCUUUAGGACUCAUUUACUAAUUUUCCCUCUUCCCUCCAUGAGCUUCUCUGUGCUCUCUCUUGCUUCUUCCCUUGCCACCACAUUUUCGGCUGCAUUCUUUAUUCCAACUCCCUCCAAAUGCCUGCUAUGAGAUUCUCUGUACACUCUACUUUCUUCUCUCCCCUCAACUCUUUUUGCAUUUUCCAUCUCUCCCCCCACCCUGUGUUUAAUUGGGAUUCUUAAAUUAUUUUUCUCUCCUCACUCCCACAAUGGAAAAUAGGAUUUUCUGCAUACUUUUCAUUCGCUGCAAUCUCCUCUACAUCUUGUGUUCUCCAGCUACUUAUUUUUCUCCCUCAAUACUUCUGCUGCUUUGGGACUCCUUAACUAAUCCUUACCAUGUCCUCUCUACCCCCUCUAAAAAUUCUCUACACCUUUUAUUCUCCAGGCUCCUAGUAGUUUUUGGUCUGCAUUAUUUCUCUUGUCCCAAGAUACUUUUGCUGCCUUUUAUUAUUAAAAAUAAGUGCUGGCUCCCUCACCCUUGCCCCAUUUAUUUUGAUUUUAUGUUUUCUUUGGUGCUUUAUUUGCAUUUAUUCCUCCCUUUUACUCCGAUCAUCUGCACUUUCCCUUUAGUCUUUUAAGGUGCCAUAGGGCCUUAUGUGUGUAUGUGCGCGUUCUGAAACUAACGGCUACUCUGGAAUUUCUUACUUUGUAAGUUGCUGCUACUUUGGCCGCCCUUCCCCCAGCAUGUUACCUUUAACUGUUCCCUCCCUUUUUUAACCAUGUUUUUGGUGGUGCCAAUUUUACAGAUUUUUAAUUCUCUUUCUGUCCUGCAAAUCAUUGAUCUUUUGCCCCUCCUUACUUUGGCUUGUGGAAUUCUGUAUUCCUCCCUCUUAUGUUGUUUUCCAGUUUUGAACUGAGCAGCUAAUUCUUGUUCCCUAAACAAUUAUGCUCUUCCACCUUUUGCAACUUUGUCCUCCCAUUUUUACUACCUUUUCUGCCCUCAUAUUUUUCUAUGUGAUGUGCCUCCUGGUUCCUUCUCCCUCUUUCUGUUCCCUCUACCUUUUUCCUUUGUUCCCCCCUCAGUUUUUACCAUGAACUUUUAAAGCAUUUUUUUUCUUUAAAGAUUAAUCACUUUCUCCAGUUUGUCCUGUUUCCUCUCCCUUUUUUCUAAAGAUGUGUAUUCACAUGUUUCAUUUCCUCUUAGCCAAUUCUUCAAAAAAUUGUCACUUUCUCUACCCUUUUGUUCUGCUCUCCUACUUUAAGUUACUAUUCUCUUCUCCCUUCUCCCAUAUUCUGUUUUCUCUCUGUUACUCUGUCACAUAAAGGCCUUCUACUUCCCCCCUGGGUUUUUACUAUUCUUCCCUUAGGAAAGUAGUUCACUGUCUCCUGAAAAUUAUUUGUAAGUGGUUCUUUGAACAAGUCUUAAGGACAAAUUAUAUUUUAAUUUCCAUGCCUAACCCUCUUUAUCGGGAUAUAGGUCAGGAAUCCCCUUACCUGCAUGUGGAAUCAAAUACAGCACUGGGCUUCUUUGAGGAGAGAGCAUGUUGAUAAUGUAGCUGGAAUUUGUUGACUUAAUAAGAAAACGUUGGGACAAACCAUCUGGGGUGGGGGCCGGAUAUGUUCAGGUUCCUAAUCAAUUUACUAGUCUGCAGUUUUGAUUUCAAAGAAUACUUGCCCAUGAUAAUUUUUGAGGGAUUGCUCUCUAAAACCAGGGCCUGAGUGAAUGAUGAACAUGUCUUCUGUUAAGCAGCUCUCCUUGCUUAAACCCCUUUGAAAAACAAAACUCCCAUUUACAUGCUUUUUCUUAAAAAGAUGCCAGAAUAAUGUAGUAAAAAUGAUGUCAUAUAGCCUACAACUUGAGUCACUUAAAAGCAUUAAUAUUCUGUAAGGAAUGCAGCAUGCCAAGCUUACUUCCUCCUUAAAUCUACAAUCCAAGUGAGAACCUAGAUUACAAACCAUUCCCCUUUUUUAGCUUGGAAAAAGUAAACUAAUUACAAUACCUCUUCUCCCCCUCUUUCUUGAAGGUAAAAUAAUCCUCUCUGCAAAUUACAAGUCUGCGUCAUUUUCCCACUGAGUCUUCUGUUCUCUUUAAAAUACAAAGCAUGACUCCAGUUUGAAAACAUGAAGCGAAGGAAUAAAUUGAGGCAAAUGCACUGCAGUCUUUCUCUUCUAAAGGAAAAUAGUCACCCAAGUACAAAGAUGAGUCAUUCACUUAGGUGCCCAGUUUUUGGAUGGAGGCUUAAAAAUCCUCUUGAAAACAGAAUCUGUUUGAGCUUAUGAUAACUAAGAGCUCUUGUGUGACUUUUAUCUUUGAAUACAAGGAAUGAAAUGUUUUACCAUAGGCAGAUUCUAGCAGUGAUACAUCUGCAGUCCAAUGGCACACGAAGCAUCCCAUCACCAACAGCAGGCAGCGCAGAACAGUUUGCUGCCACUCCUGAGCUCUGCUGUUGAGCCCCCCGACCAGAAACCAAUUUUACCCUUACCAAUAACACAGAAACCUCAGCCCCCACCGGAAACGCUAAAAGAUACCAUAGUCGGGAUUAAAAAGGAGAAACCGAAAACCUCCUUUGUGUGCACAUACUGCAGCAAGGCCUUCAGGGACAGCUACCAUUUGAGGCGCCAUGAAUCCUGCCACACAGGGAUAAAGUUAGUGUCACGGCCAAAGAAAGCUCCUGCAACGAUGGUGCCCCUAAUCUCGACCAUCGCAGGUGACAACAACCGGUCAACGCUGGUUUCGACCAUCGCAGGUAUCCUCUCAACUGUCACUACGUCUUCCUCCGCCACCAACCCAAGCAGCAGUGCUGGUGCCACGGCCAUGCCGGUGACGCAGACGGCGAAGAAGCCCAGUAAGCCUGUCAAAAAGAACCACGCCUGUGAGAUGUGUGGCAAGGCCUUCCGUGACGUCUACCACCUCAACAGGCACAAGCUGUCCCACUCGGAUGAGAAGCCUUUUGAGUGCCCAAUUUGCAACCAGCGUUUCAAAAGGAAGGACCGCAUGACCUAUCACGUGAGGUCUCAUGAGGGUGGCAUCACCAAACCCUACACCUGUGGUGUUUGUGGAAAAGGCUUUUCGAGGUACCAUGUAGAAAAUCCCAGGCCUGAUCACUUAAGUUGUCAUGUUAAACACGUUCAUUCCACAGAGAGGCCCUUCAAAUGCCAAACUUGCACGGCUGCCUUUGCCACCAAAGACAGGCUGCGGACACACAUGGUGCGCCAUGAAGGAAAGGUGUCAUGUAACAUCUGUGGUAAACUUCUGAGCGCGGCAUAUAUUACCAGCCACUUAAAGACUCAUGGGCAAAGCCAAAGUAUCAACUGUAAUACCUGUAAACAAGGCAUCAAUAAAAAAUUUGGGUUUUUCAAGCAAGAGAAUCUGCACCUACCUUCUUCAUGCAUGAAUGAAGAGAGUAACAACCAGAAGCAGCAGCAACAGCAGCAGCAGCAACAGCAUGUCACAAACUGGCCUGGAAAACAGGUAGAGACCCUGAGAUUAUGGGAAGAAGCUGUUAAAGCAAGGAAGAAAGAAAGUCAACAGACACUGAGGCCAACUUCAGUCAAGCAAGAAUGUCAGUACAACUUUGAGAAGGCUAUAGAGUACGUACCAUUCGAAGCUGCUAACCUGUGCCAAACGUCCACUGCUGCCACUACGCCUGUGACUCUUUCUACUCCCUUCAAUAUAACAUCCUCAGUGGCAUCCGGGACCAUCACCAACCCAGUCACAGUGGCUGCUGCAAUGAACAUGAGAAGCCCAGUCAAUGUAUCAAGCGCAGUUAACAUCUCCAGCCCAAUGAGCCUAGGCCACCCUGUCACCAUUACCAGUCCGUUGUCUAUGACCUCUCCGUUAACACUCACCACACCUGUUAAUUUACCAACUUCAGUAACUGCUCCAGUGAACAUAGCACAUCCGGUCACUAUAACCUCACCCAUGAACCUCCCGACGCCAAUGACAUUAGCUGGUCCAUUAAAUAUAGCAAUGAGGCCAGUGGAGAGCAUGCCUUUCCUUUCCCAGGCGUUGCCAACCUCUCCCCCAUGGUAAAAACAAGCAAACAAAAACUCACAACAGUAUUAAAAAGAGGAAUGAAAAGCAAGUCCUUACCAGCAAUUAUGUUUUUGUUUCGUUUGUUUUUGUUUCGUUUUAGUUAACAGCGGUAAUGAAACCAAGCUAAUUCAGCUGGGGCAAAAAUAAUAAUAAUAAUCAUGCACCAUUUUUAAAAAUGGAAAACUAUUAUAGUGUCUCUGUUUAGUUAGCUGGCUGUUGAUCUAUAUUACUGGACCACAUUUGUUUCCUUCAAGCUGGCAGUGAUGUUGGAAGAGGAACAGAUCGGAGUUUAAUCCAGUCAUUUUUU